GUUCUUUACAGCAGUACUUUACAGUACCUGAGCAGGCUUGCAUGUGCGAUGUCUCUCGGUGCAAUGUCCAAGUUGCGCACACUUUCAAGAUCGGCCACGACAAGGUCAGACGCAUCAACAUCCACUGGUGGGAUCACCGCCAGUUGAUGAUGGGCGACGCCGCCCUCACCGAAGUACAAGAAUAUCAACUUCGCGAGUUCAACAAUGACGAGCACAAGGCCGGUCGUCAAGUCUUUCGCCGCACGGUGGCAGAAUGGAUGCACAGGACUUGCAACAUGGAGCAGCCGUCCAACCGUUCGGCAGGAGGGCUGCUGAGUAGGCUCGGCUACAAGCGUCGUAGAGGCAGGAUCAAAACGCCACCGUUAAACGCCGAAAGACUUGCUCGCAUUCGUCGGUUUCUUGUUGAGAUGGACAUGCCAAAGAGGGCAGAAGAUACUGGGAUAGCAGUGAUCGUGUACAUGGAUGAGAGUUUUGUCCACCAGGCUCAUGGUUCCCCCUAUUCUUACUUUCCUUCGGACGAGGAUGGAGUUGUGCAGGAUGGGAUUGGUCGCACAACGGGGAAGGGCUUGCGCAUGAUCAUGGUGCAUGCAAUCACGAAGUGGGGGCCGUUGGCUAAGCUUUGUGAUGGGUUACCGNGAUGGAGUUGUGCAGGAUGGGAUUGGUCGCACAACGGGGAAGGGCUUGCGCAUGAUCAUGGUGCAUGCAAUCACGAAGUGGGGGCCGUUGGCUAAGCUUUGUGAUGGGUUACCGAUCGAAGAGGGCUGGUUCAAGGAAACGGGUAGCGGCAAGAAGGAAAUGGAAGAUGAGGAGACGGUAGAGUUUCUGUGGCAGGCUAAGUUGGCAAAGGGCGAUUACCACGCAGCAAUGACCGACUCGAUGUUCAUGGAGUGGCUUGAACACCGCCUUAGCCCUGCG